GUGCAAAUAUAGUUCAAAUUUAUCAUCAACAAUAAAGUAAAUGUGCUCAUGAACUAACUCAUAUAAAUAUUAUAUUAUAUAUACUUUAUACCUUACACAAAUAAGUCAAAAAAUGAAUCGUUGGACUGAUUUAGAAAAGCCACUAAAUAAAUCCAUUCUAGAAUGUAUAGAGGAAUUAAAAUUCACAAAAAUGACACCUGUGCAAGCGGCAUGCAUUCCUUUGUUGAUGGGAAAUAAAGAUGUGGCUGCAGAAGCUGUAACUGGGUCUGGCAAAACUUUAGCAUUUUUAAUACCUCUUUUGGAAUUAAUUCUUCGAAGAGAAUCAAAUUGUAUGUGGAAGAAAAAUGAAGUUGCUGCCAUAAUUAUAUCACCGACAAGAGAAUUGGCUGAACAAACCUCUAAUGUUCUCGAGCAUUUUUUAAAACAUGAAAAUUUGAAUAAAUUCACGCAGAGACUACUUGUUGGGGGCAACAGUGUUGAAGAAGAUAUUGAAUUAUUAAGAAAAAAUGGUGGAUUGAUAUUAAUUUGCACUCCUGGGCGAUUAGAAGAUCUUUUAACAAGAAAAUCUAUUUUGAAUUUACCAGGAAUGAUUAAAAAUCUUGAAUUGUUAGUCUUAGAUGAAGCUGAUCGUCUGCUAGAUUUAGGUUUUGCAAACUGUUUAAAUGUUAUUUUAAGCUAUUUACCAAGGCAAAGACGUACUGCACUAUUUUCUGCAACACAAACAAAAGAAAUAUCAGACUUAAUUCGUGCUGGAAUGCGCAAUCCUGUGAUAGUUUCUGUAACUGAAAAGAAAAGCGUUAGCACGCCAUUAAUGCUGCAAAAUUAUUUUUUACUCGUGGAACCGGAAUAUAAGUUAAUCAAAUUAAUUAAUUUUAUUAAACACAAUGAUGUUCAGAAGUGUAUGCUUUUUUUACCAACUUGUGCAUGUGUUGAUUAUUGGAAUGCAGUUCUGAAAAGAAUUUUAGAUAAAAUGCCAGUUAUGGCACUUCAUGGAAAAAUGAAAGAAAAAAGAAAUAAAGUUUUGAAACUAUUUCGCAGUGCAAGCAAGGCAAUGCUGCUCUGCACAGAUGUACUUGCUAGAGGCAUUGAUGUGCCGGAGGUGGAUUGGGUAUUCCAAUGGGAUCCACCAUCUAACGCUAGUGCCUUUGUUCAUCGUGUUGGUCGCACGGCUAGGCAAGGCAAUGAAGGAAAUGCUUUAGUUAUGCUGCUACCAAACGAAGAUGCUUAUAUAGAAUUCAUUAAAAGAAAUCAAAAAGUUAUUCUGACAGAAUAUGCUAGUGAUAUUAAAGUAGAUAAUUAUGAUAAAGUCGUACAAGCUAUUCGAAAGCUGCAGAUGCAAGAUAGGGAUAUCAUGGAUAAAGGACAAAAGGCUUUUGUGUCUCAUAUAAGAGCUUAUAGUAAACAUGAAUGCAGUCUUUUACUUAGAGUUAAAGAUUUGGAAUUGGGGAAAGUUGCGAUGAGUUAUGGCUUAUUAAAACUACCAAAAAUGCCUGAAAUAAAAGAAGAACACAAAGCAGAAUUUUGUACUUUAAAAAAUGUGGAUUACAAUAAAAUUGCAUAUAAAGAUAAGCAGAAAGAAGCUUCUAGAUUACGAAAGUUAAAUAUUUAUACUAAUACCGGGACAUGGCCCAGUAAAAACCAAGCAAAUAAAAGACUUAAGAAAACUGAACCUUGGGAGCUAACAAAACUUAAAAAAGAAGACAGAAAACGAAAUAAAAAACUACGUCAAGAAAAGAAGAAACAAUUGGCAAAGCGAUUUGAAUUAAAUGGCAAAGAAAGUAAUAAACGCAGUGCAACUGAAUUUACUGAAGAAGAUAUGGCUGAACUUGCUAAAGACGUUGCUUUAUGCAAAAAACUGAAAAACAAAAAAAUCACAGAAGAAGAAUUCAAUGAAGAAAUAGGACUUAACGAGAUGUAGGAGUUUGAAAUAUACUUUGUUAUGAACAUAAAUAUAACAACAAA